GUAUUUUAUUUGAGUAAGAAAUAGACUGUAUUUAAUUUCAAACGAAAAUUAGACAAAAUUUAUAACGGAAGUUGUCAAGAACAACCAUUGAAAAUGUAUGAUCCCUACCAGUAGAUAUACGCAUGCGCAUCAAUGAAUUACAUGGACGGACUGUGCUGUAAUGUCUUUAGUGACGAGCAACUUUAAAGGCUUGACAGUCUGUUUUACUGCAUAUCUUUGACUUGGUCAACAAGAACAAUUUUGGUUGGAGCACUUGUGAAGAACCAACCAUGUCAUUAGCAGUGCAGCUUGAAGAGUUGGCAUGGCAGUUGAAGAAAGAAAGACUCUUUAUCAAUUCAGAAAGAGAACAGAUGCAAAAAAUAUAUGAAGAUGUUAAAAAAGUUGCAGAAGCUUUGUAUCAUGUUUCCUGGAUCAUGAGACAACAACGUACUAACUUAGAGAUGCUAGUUACCACUAUACAUGGAAUAGUACAGUCAGGGUUUUGUGCAAAAGCCAAGCAGCUCGAAUCUAUCAAUUUCAUUGAUAGCUACAAGCAGCUUGGUUACCAUGACAUCAAAUUUGCAGACCUUUUGAAAUAUUUACGAGAUAACCCAAAAUUAGUUGCUCAGCUGAUCAGCUGUGGAGAGAAAAGGGGCAUUGAAGGAUCACAGAAGGUUGUUGGUAUUGUCUUGCCAUCUCUCUAUGGUAAUUGUGUGAUGCUGGAAGAUGAAUAUUUGGCCUUGCAACUGUUGUAUACUCUUGCUGAAAAUCAGCUAACUUAUGAUGAUAAUCCACGCCGACUGAUUCGUAAAGGGUCUUGUGCUUUUAGCAAACUUUUCAAGAACUUUUUUGAUUCUUUAUUUUCUUCCAAACUGUUCCUGACAGCAGCUUUACAUGAUCCUGUCAUGAAGCUUCUGAUGGAAGAUGAAUGGUUUUAUGAUAUUGAUCCCGAUAAAGCACUUGUACGUUUUACUCCCUCUGAAAGGAUGCGACGCUUUGGGGAACAAGGGUCAACAGAAUGGAAAGCUAAUUUACAAAACUAUCGUAAUUUCAUUGUCGAUAAGCUAGUGACCUUAUCGAAUCGGUUCAUUUCUGCAAUCAAGAACAAUAUGUAUUGUUUUCCAAUAAGUCUCUCAUGGCUAGUCUCACAGAUUUAUCAACUUUUAUCAAAAUCUGGCAAACAUUCAGCUGCUGAAGUUCGAGCAGUUUGUGCAGAUUUAGUCUUUGCUUUAUUUAUAUGUCCUGCUAUCUGGGAUCCAGCACCUUACGGCAUCAUGUCUGAUGUCCCAAUAAGUCAUAUUGCCCGUCAUAACCUCAUGCAGAUUGCACAGAUCAUCCAAGUGCUUGCCUUUUCACAAACAGAUGAUAUUCCUCCAAAAUUCAGUGAUCUUUAUGACAAAUUUGACAAGGGCUGUUUAUCUGGACUUAUUGAUAUUAUGUUGGAAGGUGUAGGACCUGAUGCUCCCUCUGUACCUAGCAACCACCCACAGAAUAUAGAACGUUCAUCAGCCUUAAUUACAUUGACUCAGCUGAACACCUUGGUUAACUUUUUACGUUCUACGUUGCCACACAUGAAUAAAAGCAAUGAAAUAAAUCAAUUAGAAGAACUUUUGUCCAUACUCCCAGCCAUCCAAACACCAACUUUGACUAUCCAGCCAUCAACUCCUACCUCAAUCACACCUUCUCAUACACCUCCUGGUACACCUAGCAGUCAACGGAAAACCAACCGAGCUCAUAAGAAAAAAAUGUCUCUCACCAACACUGAGGAUGUGACUGUAAGCAGUGCUAAUGUAGAGCAAAGCCAUAUUGAUGGCAGUGCUGAUUUACUUGAAGAUGUCUUGGUCUUUUCUUUGGGAGUAACCAGUGAGUGUCCUGGAAUGCUGCCAGAAUGUAAAGUUUUAUCUGCUGAGCAGGAGCGUUGCCGACGUAAAGUAACUUACCAGUCUUCUCCUACCUAUGAAGACAACAAUGCAGAAACACAUGAAAAACGAACUAGGUUUUCAUUUCCUCAGGAUCAAGAAUCAAUUGGUAAUACUAGUGAUAUUCAAGAGGCUAUUUCUGAAGUGGCAUCAAGCCAUUCAGUAGGUUCUUUAGAGAAUGACAAUGACAAUUUUUCUGAUAUGAUUUCUGCAAAUGUAAGUGGACGAGGGACUCCAAAUGUUAGCGGGAGAGACACACCACUCUCUCAAGCAGAAAGUGUUGAAGAAAGACGAGCACCUGAUCUACCAGAGACUGUCCAGAAACAAAAUCGAGAAGAUGUUACUGAGAGAUUUGGCAAAUUUGAAAUCAAAUCUGAAUUAGAGAACGAAACCAAAUCCACUGUUAGUGACACAUGGAGUACUGAUGUACUGGCUAGUGAUUCUGAAGGUCCAGACCAGAACCAACUAGAGCGCUUGGAAGAGGUUACAGAAGAAAUGGUUCGACAAAAUUUGCUUGGAGUAGCUGAGCCUGUGUCUGAAGUCUCAGAAACAGCAAGUGAUGCCUGGAGUACUGAUGUUUUAGCUAGUGACACUGAAGAAAAACAGGCUGAGUUGAUUCAAGAAAUAGAACAGGAUGAUAUGAACAGUGUUACUGACAGGUCCCUCAAUCAAGAUGAACUAGAAUCUUCCUGUACACUAGACAGGAAUGAACAAACACCAUUAGCCUCAGGUCGAGAAAGUCCAGAUGAAGAAAGAGAGUUAGAAGGUCUUGGUGCUGUUGGUGGUGUUUCAAGUCACCGACAUCGAAGGUCCCAUGGGGCCGACAGAGUUACAUUCAAAGCAAGUAAAAGUGCAGACUUUUUAAAGAAAUCACCAACAAGUAAAAGUCCAGUAACACCAGGCUUGGCUGAUAUUGGUCCUGAUGGUAACCCAGAUGGCUUUAAAUUGUUGAACGUGCCAAGACAACGUCUCUCAGCCACGUUUAAGCAAGCACAAGGAAAGGUUACUGCUAUGCUUUCAGCAUUGGAUCAUCAUUCUAAAUCAAGAUUCAUACAUCCUUUCCAAGAGAAUACUUUUAAGAAUUUUCCUGCUUAUGAUCCGACACCAUUAAAGCCAGUUUCUCAGUCCAUCCUGACUUCUGAUAUAUCUGAUUUGGGUUUUAACAGUCCUGGGGAAGAGGAACACAGUUGUAGAAACAGCAAUAAUAUUUUAGAGAGUUUGUCUACUUCUAAAGAUUCUGGUAUCAUGGAUUCUCCACAAAGUGAACCCAGCAAAAUAAAUGAAUACAUGAGUCCUUCACCUGUUAGAGGAGCAACAUCAGCUUCAAUCCCAACAUGUGAGGUUGAUUUGAGGUUAUCAGAACAACAAAAUUCCAGACUAGAUGAACAAAGAUUAUCUGCUGCCUUGCGUGUGUUUGAUCCCCUUGUUAGCAGCAACAGCAAUCAAGAAGACAGUGGUGGUAGUAGUAGUAGCAGCACUGGGGCUAUAGCCCCCAGCUUUAAUGCUGAAGUAGCUGGAACCUCUUUACCAGAAAACUCAGUUGCUAAUUGGAGUUCUCAGUUGAUUGAUGAGGUGUUUACUCCAGUUGAGAGUAUGCAACAGACAUCAAGCCAUGAAGGCAAUACUGAGCCAGCUACUGUUCUUGCAUCAAAUCAUACUCAAUCAAGCAAGAGAGUAGAUAUUGCUACACCUUUUUCUUUAAGAGGUUCCCAUAAUUUCUCAACGAAAAAUCCACUGGACAUAGACCAGGUUAUGUCUGAGCUGUGUAGUGCUAUAUUGGACUUUGAUGGUGAUUUUAAAGGGGAGAAAAAGAAAGGUUUCUUCAAGUCUUUUAAAGAAAAAAUAAAUAAAGGUAUGAAAAAGAGAGGAAAGAGUGACAGAGAUGAUUUGUUCUCGGAGGAAUUUGGUGCUUGUGGUGAUGCUUUUGAUGGUGGUGGUAAUGGCAACUUUGCUGGUGCUUGUGUUGGUAACAAUGUUAUAGGUAGCAAGAACUUUGUCUGUCCAGAAACCGGAGAUGAGAUCUUAGCUAAGUAUCGUAAAAAACCAAAUUUACCAUCUUCACAAAGUCUUGAUAUGACUGAUGAUAAUCAAAAGGAUAAACACCCUACAAAAGAAGAACAAAUCAAUGAAGUUCCCUACUAUGAUCCUAAUAACCUAGAGAACUGCUUUGCAUUUGCUGAUGCUAAAAGGAAACUUCGACUUGUGCUCAGUGUUGGUGACUACCAGAACUGUUCUAUUCGCUAUCAGACAUGUGGUCGAUGGAUGCCGAGCAGUCCAUGUGAUAAUGAUGGUACACCUGGUAGUGGUGGUCAUUGGAAAGAAACUGAACUUGUUCAUAUUUUAAGUGUUCAGUUGGCUGAGGCUAUAAAUCUUCGUAACAAGGAAAUGGUUGCGCAACUACAUGAAGUAAUCCGCUGUAUUAAGUUAUUUGAUAAUGAAGGCUGUAAAAAAUUAUUUAAAUCACUUGAAGAAGAUUACAAAGGAAGAGCACAUUAUGUGGCUUACUUAACACGCUGCAAGCAGGGCCUGUUAACAAGUUUGUAUUUCCUCCAAGGACUUUUACAGCGAGCACAAAGAGAAAAAGAAAUUUGCAACAAUCACCUGAAUAAUGUGUGUGUACAAAGGUUCAUUGAAAGUAAAGACAAACUACUUUCAAAUUUUAUAGCAGAUUUUCAAAAACUUACUAUGUCAGAUGAAAAAGAAGAUUUAGUCGAACGUUUUUUGAAUGGACUUUAUCAAAGUAUUCAAACAGAUGCUCUCUGGCAAGGUUGCAGUGAAAGUCAGUUACAAAGCAGUUGCAUUGCUCUGGAGCGCUAUGUUAUGGGAAGAAUUUAUACACAUGCCAUGUUUCCCAAUGGAGAUGGAGAUAUUUUGAGGGAUCAACUAAUUCAUGAACACAUCAAAAACCUAUCUCAAAUAAUAUCUCCUACACAUAAAGAUUUAUGUAUCCCAAAGAUAUAUCAGUUUGAGUGUCCUUGGCCAGCAGCUCAAAGAGAAAUCCAUAUGAUAAAUGCAUACAAGACACCAAAAGAUAAAGUACAGUGUGUAUAUCGUUGUUCAUUAUGUAUUAUGAAUUUAUUGAGUAUGGCCAAUGACCGAAAAGUGCCAGCUGCAGAUGACUUUUUCCCUGUGCUCAUUUAUGUUAUUAUUAAGGCCAACCCCCCUUGUUUAUUGUCAACCAUCCAAUAUGUUAACAGUUUCUAUGGUGAGCGUGUAACUGGAGAAGAACAAUAUUGGUGGAUGCAGUUCUUCUCUGCAGUAAAAUUCAUUAAAACAAUGGAUUGAAGGAACCAUCAAAAUUUACAAUGAUAAAAAGUUGUAAAUGACAAACUUACUAAUCAAUAUUGUCAACAUUUUUGGCUUAGUUGUUGACUAAGUGAUGACAUUUCUACACUGUACAACUGUGAUUAUAUCACAGGAACCGCUACAAUAAUAGAACUUAUUUCAUCCAGUUUAGCUAUUCAGAUGCCAUCCAUCAUCAGUAUUGGUUUCUGUAACAGACCUACAAUACUGGCUGUAUCAGUUAGUUGUAGUAUUAUGUCUCCUCUUCUAGCACCCGGGUUGUGUUAUGCUAAAUGGAAGGAGCAGACCAUUACAAUAGGUAUGUUGGCACCAGGAAGACAUUUGGGCGAAACAGGUAGGUGUGCAAUCUAAAGAAACGAAAGGGUUGUGUAAGCUAUUUGCUCAAUCAUAUAAUUGAUGCAUGUAAUAAAAUUUUUCAGCUAGAUCAUUGUCAGUUAAUUUUCAGCUGUGACAGUACAUUGACAUUUCUUAAAUUGUUUAAUCAUAAACAGAUUCUAGUUUCAUAAUAAUACACUAAAUAUGAAGUUAUUCAAAUGUAGCUCUUUAAACUCUUGGAGCUAUGGAGGGCAUAAAAUAAACAUACACAUAAAAAAAAACUGCUGGAAUUCUUUGUAAAAUAAUAUUUGUAUAGACAGAAUGUAUAUGAUUUCCAUGUGCAGUUUUGUGAAUUUGCUUGUUUUUCCUGCCACCAUUAAAGAACAAGUUUCUUUUUGACUUCCUUCUGGUGAUCCUUCUACCUUCAUGCCAAACUUGCCUCCUUCCUUUUUACAUUACCCUAGUUCUACAGUUGGAUAACAUAUACUAUAUUCAUUUACAGAAAAAAUAUUGUCAAAGGCUAUUCUGUUAUUAAAACUGUGAGUCAUAA